GCUCGCCCCGCGCCCAUCGCCGUCGCCUCCGCCGCCACCGUCACGGUCACCGCGGGCUCCGCUGCCGUCGUCCUUUUCCCCGCCCUCCCGCGGCCGGGCCACCCGGACCCCCCGCCCGCGCGGCUCGCGCCUCGCCACCGGGUCCUGCUCCGCCCCUCCCGCGCGGACUGCUCACCUACCGCCCCACGCGCGCGCGCUCGUGCACCACGCGCCCCGUGCGGCCCGCCUGGAACGUGGCCUCCGGAGAGCUAGGUAUGAGAAAGAGGACAGCCAAAAGGAGUGAUGCUCAGUGACCUGCACCCAGGCCGGACGCUCGUGCCUCUGGACGCCUCCUACACGAACAUUGCGCUAGCUCCUGGGACCAGCUCUGCAUCCCCUUAGUGCUCCUCUGCUUCAACUGCUCAAGCCAGCUGACUGCGAAUGGCUACCCAAAGGAAACACUUGGUGAAAGACUUCAACCCUUACAUCACCUGCUACAUCUGUAAAGGCUAUCUGAUCAAGCCCACGACAGUGACGGAAUGCCUCCAUACAUUCUGUAAGACCUGUAUUGUCCAGCACUUUGAAGACAGCAAUGAUUGUCCAAGGUGUGGCAACCAAGUUCAUGAAACAAAUCCAUUAGAAAUGUUAAGGCUGGAUAACACGUUGGAGGAAAUUAUCUUUAAAUUAGUGCCUGGACUACGAGAACAAGAACUUCAGCGUGAGUUGGAAUUUUGGAAGAAAAAUAAACCUCAAGAAAAUGGGCAAGAUGAUAUUUCGAAGGUUGACAAGUCUAAAGCAGAUGAGGACGGUGAUGAAAACCAAGAUGAUAAAGACUAUCAUAGAAGUGACCCGCAAAUUGCUAUCUGUCUGGACUGUUUACGAAAUAAUGGGCAGUCGGGGGACAACGUAGUGAAGGGUCUCAUGAAGAAAUUUAUUCGCUGUUCUACGCGAGUUACUGUAGGAACUAUUAAAAAGUUUCUAAGUUUAAAACUAAAACUUCCAAGUUCUUAUGAGUUGGAUGUGCUGUGCAAUGGUGAAAUUAUGGGAAAGGAUCAUACUAUGGAAUUCAUCUAUAUGACAAGAUGGCGACUACGAGGAGAAAAUCUUUGCUGUCUGAACUGUUCAGCCUCGCAAGUCUGCUCUCAGGAUGGCACUUUGUACCAGUCAUACCCGAUGGUAUUGCAGUAUCGACCAAGAAUUGAUUUUGGGUAGGCCCGGCCCAGGCUGCACUGAAUGAAUCCUGCACUAUUUGUUUACUCGUCGACAGAUUGCACAGUGAAUGGUGUGUGGACUUGAGAGACACAAUCUGAUUUCAGCAUGCACAUAAGGCCAUUGUCUGUCUCUGAGUUGUCAGUGUCCUUCAUGUUCUGUCUAUUAGGAGCAAUCCAAGUGCCCUUCUGCUACUGACCAUCUGCAUAAGAUACUCGUGCCG